CGGAGAGGCACCACACGAAUGUGGAAAAAUAAAAUAUAGCAUGACCUGUCAAAAUAUUUCCUCCACGAAAUUCCAUGGCGUUUCCAGCUUCUGCUAUCUGCAGUUUAACUAGUCCUGUUUUUUCUCGCUCAUCGACCUCAAACUCUCUCCUCCCUUCUCAAACCAACCCAAUCACCUUCUGCUCUUCUGAAUAUUAUUCAAAGCCUUUCAACAGCUACACAAGUCAACACAGCUGCAGGCACUACUCGUCUUGUUUUCGUAUUUCAUAUCGAUUCUCAGAUGCUGGAGAAGGUGAAGACGAAGCUGAGGAUUGCACCUUUGAUGAAGCAGUGGUCCUUUUCAACACAAGAGAAUACUACAAGUGCCAUGACUUUCUUGAGUCACUUUGGAACAAAGCUGAAGAACCCACCAGAACUCUUUUUCAUGGUAUUCUACAAUGCGCCGUGGGAUUCCAUCACCUAUUCAACCAGAACCAUAAAGGAGCUAUGAUGGAGCUGGGAGAGGGACUGUGUAAGCUUAGAAAGAUGAAUUUCAAAACUGGGCCAUUUUACGAGUUUGAGCAACAAAUCUCUGCAGCUCUCGAUUUCAUUUACCAAACACAAAUAGAGUUAGCCGCCUGUGGGGAUGAUGUUUGUGUUGCGAUGGAUCGAUCAGAGAGAUCAUACCAGCUUCUAGGCAGGUAUGCUGCAGGACAGCUACUCUAUACCCUGCAACUGCAAGCUGAUGACGACCCUAAUGAAACCAUGUACAUUGUGUUCCACCCUCGAAUGUCUUACGGCGGUGAGCCACAAAAGUUUACUCUCAGUGUUUGUUAACAAGGCUUUGAGUGCCACAGUUUGUCUAUAAUGCACAAGUUAUCAUCUGGCUCCAAUUUAGAAUGGUUUUUACCACUAAUCAGAGCACAAAGGAACUCUCCAACCACCGAUCAGAAUAUGUUGCCAGAACCCUUACCCACCACCAGUCAAGUACCCAGCAGCUUACGGCUCACCAGCAUGCCAACUUUCUCAGUAAUUUCAAAUUUGCCUUUUUGCAAGGAUUUCAACCAAAUGAGGAAAGUACCGUCGAUCGUAAAUUUUAAUCUCCUUUGUGUAAUAUUAUAUAUAAUAUAGCAUUGAAAAUUCAUUUGUUGAGUAGAUAUUUCAAAUUAUGCAAAAACUAGCUUGACCA